AUGGGUGGAUUUGAGCUGACGGUCCUUGGAAGCUGUGGGGGGCCGUGGGAGAGCGGCACGCAGUCGUUCAUGUUGAAGCCAAGAGGGUCUACGAACUAUGGUUACGUGUGUGUAGAUGCUGGUUCUGGACUGAAGCAGCUUAUAGAGCUAGCAGCGGCCCAAGACCCGAAUGCGGAGGUCGAAAGCUUUUACAAACGUGAUUUCGAACCGGUGGCGGCGUACCACAGCGAGAGGGCAACAGCGAACCCGGGGCUGGGCACACUUAGUGCACGUACGGCGGAACAUUUCAGAACGGAGCUGGUUGCUGUGCAGCGCGGCGCGGCGCUGUACCAUGAGAUUGGAGAGGUAUUUGUGACACAUCCGCACCUGGACCACGUUAUAGCACUGGCACUGAACUCGCCGAUGGCUGGGAUCCGCGAGAAACGCGUGCUGGGGUUACCCUUCACCAUACAAGCGUUGCGCAAGCAUAUAUUUAAUGAUAAAGUAUGGCCUGAUCUGCUGGGGCCGCGUGAUCCUGUGUUCGAGCUAGAGGCGAUGGAGCCUGUAAAACCACACGUUAGCUCCAUAGUGCCGCACUGGACUAUAACACCCUUCCCUGUGAGUCAUGGGGUCACAGUACGGGAACGUGAACCAUUCUACAGUACAGGGUUCUUGUUCCGAGAUCUCAACGGCGGAGAUAUGCUGCUUAUCAUCGGUGAUCUGGAGUCUGAUCGAUGCUCAGGCAAGGACCAUCUGGCGCGCAUAUGGAAGUACUUGGCGCGCACCGGCCCGCUGGCACUACUCCGCGGGAUUGUUAUAGAAUGCUCAACUGCAGACCUUGAAGAUGAGGCCUACCUAUACGGACAUAUGUCCCCGCAACAUAUUGUCUACGAGUUGCAACAGCUACGACAGGCGUACAAUAGGCCACUGGAUGGGCUAUCAAUAAUUAUAACGCAUACCAAAAUGGAAUGCAUAGACGAAGAUCCUCGUCUGCUAAUUCUUCGAGACCUUAGACAAAAAAGUGCAGAGGCUAACCUCGGGCGUAUCGACUUUUCAGUGGCGGUUCGGGGCUAUACCCACUUCAUGUAG